AUGCGAAACAGGCAUAUGUUGGAAGAGGCCAAUGAGACACAUUGGAUUGUGGAUGUGCUACUUGUUGAUAAACAUGAUCUGCUGAUUGUGGAGCAGACGCGAAUGCGUCGGGGAGGUUAUGUCCUGAGAACGAAGACGAAUCUUGAAGAUAUACCAGUUGUUAAUUACUCUGAGAGCGUUAAUGUUGCAGCCUCUUUGUAUUACGAUUCCCUUUCUUCGAAAGAAUAUAUCAUUCUCCUCAAAAAGUCUGGAACUCUGGAAUUACUAGAUACUAAUCUUCAGAUAAUUGAUGUUCUGGAGACGGGCAUCGAACAAGGAGACAAUCCCAAAUUUAUUACAAUUGAUGAGAGGAGUGAGAGGCUUUUCAUAAACCUUGAAGAGAAUGCACUAUAUUCAGCAUCCCUCCACAGGACUGACUCUUUCAUCUCAUUUACCAAGAAUGCUGAAAAUCCAAGAAAAAUCUACGAAGCACCCAGCAGCAUAUCGUACUUCGAUGCAGAGUGGCACUUCGAAGUAAAAAGUGGAAAAGAGUUCGUUACCAUUGCCGCUAUUUUGCAGAGCAAUCAGUCAGGAACGCUGUUUGAAGUAAUACGACAGUCUCAGACAGAAUCGCGUAAAAAAAAACAGCGGUGGGAUUCCUUUGUAGAGCUAACCAAUUUGAACGAUUUGCAUGAUUCGAACAGGCCACAUGAUCUUGGGAGUGGUGCGACUUUAAAAUCCGUUUCCAAUAUAGGAUUUUUUAUCUUCAGCUUCAGGCAGAUUUAUUUCUUUGGCUUGCCAUCAGGUCCAGAUCACUACAUUGAUGGGUCGAAUAUUGGUAAGUACGUAUCAUUUAAAGGGCUCUCUAGGGAAAGUUUGCCUGAAGACAUAAAUGAUCUCGUGGAGAUGCAACCGAAUGUGUUUUUCAGUCAAAGCGCAAAAGGCCUCGAGUUCAAAUUAUUUGCCAACUAUCCCUUGGCAGUCACUGCAAAUUUAGACCUUGUCGUUGAGAACCCCGAUAGAUAUGAAUGCUGCUGGAGAGAAUUGACAAGCGCUUGCACAGUGGUUACUAAUCACAUAGCGACAACGCACAAAGUAAAUGUUUUUCCUCUGAGUCAUCAAACCUGCGUUCUAUGGGACCGCUGGAGCGGAUUGGAAUUUAUUGACAAUAAGUCGCUGUCAUGGGAAUACUUUAUUGGCUUCUCAGAACCAUCAGCACUCUAUUCUGCCAAUGUUGGAUUUGAUUUCCCAAAGUUGGUCAGCUCUUGUGCAUUGGAAGGGAACAAGGGAAGUUUACAGGUUUUUUCUGAAGGCUAUGAACAGCUGUUGAAUGAUGAGAUCAUUUUCUCCUCGGAUGAAGAGAUUUGUGAUAUUUGGCCUACAACACAGAGUCUUUGGUGGAAGACGAAAGACGGCAAGCUGAUUAGCGAUGGUGUUGCCGUCAAGACAGAACACGAUAUAAUACACGUUACGUCCAAUGAUGAGCUGUUAGCAAAGAAUCCUUCUAUAGCGACUGUAGCUGAUAUAUGGGAGGACAUGCACGGUAACUAUGUAUAUUUGUCCGACGAUGGGAGAGUACGGUGGAGCGGAAGUACCUUGUCUGCUCAAAUACCAAUGGGCAAGAAGCAUAUCAUGGAACCAUUCAUAUUGGCCUGUAGGAGACAGCAUGAUAGCUCACUUUUGACUUGCAUUGGUCUGAACGAUAGGCUCAUUAUUUUGAGAGACGACUCGGUUAUUACCAGAGGUUGGACAGAUGUGCACGCAGACAUCUCGAGCAUAUUUAUUAUCCCUGAAAGGAGUGCGCAGUACAUUAUUCUAGGGACUCGGAAUGGAAGGAUCAAAAUAUUCGACAUAGGCACACUUAACAUUACUGAGUCAAUUAGAGUGGGUUCCAAAAAAAUUGGCUUAUGCGCCAUUCCAAGAACUCCUUACGUUUUCGUUUAUUCAAAUGAUGACCUUCUGGUAUUGGAGAUCCACCAAGGAGGAAAAUGCAGCGUGACCAGAGUUAAAACAGAUGCUAGAAUAACUCUUAUGCGAGCCACAUGUACUUCAGAAGUUUACGUUGUUGGCAGAGGAGGGCUAUUCUCUCGCUUUAGAAUGCCAACUGAACUUGGAAAACCAAAGCCAAUUCAUCAACGUAUAGAUACUAGCUCUAAAUGUUUUUCCAAAUUUACAUCCUUUACAUGUUCGAAUAGGCUCAUUGUGACAAGUGCCCAAUCUUCGCACUAUAGUCAUGCACAAACACGUUACAUGAAUUCCGCCCAUUUGCUUCUGCAUGACGUUGACUCACAAAUGCAGCUGCACUGUUAUGAUCUGUCGAAGAAUUAUCCCCAAGCGACCAUAGCAGAUAUUGCAGCAGUUCCCUAUGAAAUACCUCCAUCUGUCGGAACGCUGCCUCAGAAGCUACCUUCAUACGCAGAAAGGUUGACACUUAGCAAAUGUUUUAUCGUUUCGCUUAACUAUGAAACAGCUGAUGAUGAUUCUUUGGCGAAUCUGCUACUUUUUUCAAUUGAUGAAAACAACUGCAGCAUCGAUUUCCAUCUUAGCCUUAAUACUAUGUUUUCCAUCACGGCGGUGAGUAACUAUUAUAAUAACAUGUUUCUGGUUGCCGGGGAAUGUUUGCAACUUUUUGACAUAAGUUACCUUGUUCAAGAGAAUACUUUCAGAAUUUUACCAAAAUCCAACCCACUACUCCUCAGCGGGUAUCCAACCAAAAUUCUUGGCGGUUUGCCUAAUAUUUCGAGUUCAGAGCAGCUUCUUAAGUUCAGCAAUGGUGGCACCGAUCACAGAAUCCUAAUUUCAAACUUGUUAAAAGGACUACAAGAAUAUAAAGUAACACCCGAUGAGACCAAGGUGGUGCAUUCCUCAGAAAUUCCCAAAAAAUAUCUAAUACGUCCUACUUCAAGCUCAGAGAGGAAUUUUCCAUCUAUCGAUAGCACUUUUGGAAGCAAUCGCAUGAUAGUUGACUGCUCUUGGUCACAGAUCGGUAAUAUUGUAUGGUUUGCAACCGCCUUUUCGGAUUGCAAUUUGGAAGUACUAUGCAUCAAAGAAGGUGAGGAGGCUGAUGAUGAAAGAAAAGUUUCCAUCAAGGUUGAAAGCCAAAUUACAAGCGUCGUUAGCCUUUGGCCUAAACGGCAGGCGCUAGAUCAUCGCAGAGAGGUUUUUGUGCCAGGAUCAGGGAAUAGGCAUUUAUUCAGUAUCACGACAGCUCGAGGUAGCGUCUUCAUACUAAAAGAGGCGACUCUAAUGCACGUAAUCCGCAUACAAGAAGAAGCAGAAAAUAAAAUCGAAGACUUGAACUGA